GUCAAUGUUGAAACUUUUACAAAAUGGAAAGAAAAGCACAAAAUCUGGAUGGUUCAUCUGAUAACCCAACUGUUUCUUCAUCUGCAGGUCACAAGUUUCCUUCCUUUUCAAAGUUGUUCCUGCUACUAGCAGCUUAUUGGCUGAUUCUGCUGGUCGUUAUCCCGCUUCAUAUCCAUUUUCACCUUAUUACUCGGUUUGAGCUGAAACAACUGAAAGUCAAAGAAACAUUGCUGCUUGAGGAAAAUCAAAACCUGACAAGAGAACUUGAUGAAGUGAAGAAUAAAAUCCAGAAGCUGCAGAAAGAGAAGAAAAACCUCACAGAACAAAUAGAAACUAUGGAGAAACCUUGGAAUGAGCAGAACGUCAGUCGAGCUCAGUGGAGCGUUAAUGAAUACUGUCCUAAAGAAAAAAACAGAAAGUGUAGUUCUUGUCAGAAAGGCUGGUAUCACUCUUGGUCCAGCUGCUAUGCAGUUAAUUAUGCUGAACCUCCGAAUCAGAAAACCUGGGAUGAAGCACGAGAAGACUGCAGAGGAAAGAGUUCAGAUCUGACUGUUGUUAGUAAUGAAGAAGAAAAGAUGUUUGUUAAAGAAAAUAGUUGGACUGAUACAAUCAUUAGAGGAUACUGGAUUGGCCUCAGAGCUGAAGGAGGGAAAUGGAGAUGGAUCGAUGGAAGUGAUCUGACCAAUCAAACCUGGAUACAGCAGCAGCCUGUUGAUGGUCAGUGUGUAACUUCUCUCAGGAACAGAGAAUGGAGAUCAGUGAGCUGUGAUGAAAAGAACGGAUGGAUCUGUGAGAAGAAGGCUUUAUCUGUUUAGACAUGAAAUAUUCUGGGACUGUCCUAAAUGCAAAUAAAUUAAAAGCUUCACAGAUCUCUUAUGUAAAAUGUGGCAAUUUUUUUAAAGGAUUUUUAGCUUUUUUAAUACAUCUCAUAUUUAUUGUAACACAUGCAGAGCUUUUUACUUGAAGUCUGAUUAAAGACACCGACAUUUAGAAAAGGUUUUAGUGGCACACAGCAGCUGUUCAUAUGAAAAUAGUUUGUAGUUUUGAGGUUUUUCUGAUUAUUUGUCUGAGCUGCAAUAUUUACAGUUUAUUAACUGAUUAAUGAAAAAUAGACAUGAUUUAGUUUCAUGUUUCCAGAACUUUUUACUGAUAGUUUUUGGGUGAACUUUACUUAUUAUGAUUUUAGGAUGCCCACUUUGUGUUUUACUUUCUUUGAUGGUUAGGAUCAUGAGUAUACAUAUAUAGCUGCUUCUGCUUGUUUAAAGACGUCAUAGAGAAUAAAAAUUUCACUUUUCCUCUUGUCAUUUUUCUGUUACAUUGCUCAUCAAACAUCUGGGAGGCCUGAGUU